GAGAGCUGUCAGUCUUUUGGGGUUUGUCAGUGCCAGGCCUAGGAGUACUGAUUGUCGGAUUCUUACUUCCCAGUGUCAUAGUUGGUCCUUUCCCCCUACCCGGCAGGAUGUUGGAAGAAGCUGGAGAGGUAUUUGAUAAUAUGCUGAAGGCCUCUUUCCCUCUAACCUUCAUCGUCUUCCUACCAGCGGUGCUGCUCCUCGUGUCCCCUCUUCAGGCCGAAGCCGCCCAUGAAUUCACCGUGUAUCGCAUGCAGCACUAUGACCUGCAGGGACAGAGCUACGGUACUCGGAAUUCAGUGCUUAAUACAGAAGCUCGUACAGUUCAGGCGGAUGUGCUGAGUCGACGAUGUGUGCUGAUGCGUUUGGCAGACUUUUCCUUUGAGCAAUACCAGAAAGCUCUCAGGCAGUCAGCAGGAGCGGUGGUAAUUAUUUUGCCCCCAAAUAUGGCAGCCUUACCUCAGGAUAUUGUCCAGCAAUUCAUGGAUAUUGAGCCUGAGAUGCUGUCCAUGGAAACUCAGGUUCCUGUCUACUUUGCGGUUGAAGAUGAAGAGCUGCUCUCUAUAUAUGAACAGACACUUGCGGCCUCUGCCAGCCAGGGUACAUCUUCUGCAGCUGAAGUACUUCUGCAUACAGCCACUGCCAAUGGUUUUCAGAUGGUGACUAGUGGAGCUCAAAGCAAGGCAGUUAGUGACUGGCUGGUAACCAGUGUUGAGGGGCGUUUGACUGGCCUUGGUGCAGAAGACCUCCCGACUAUUGCCAUUGUGGCUCAUUAUGAUUCUUUUGGAGUAGCUCCUUGGUUGUCAUAUGGAGCAGAUUCCAAUGGAAGUGGUGUGACUAUUCUUCUAGAGCUGGCACGCCUCUUCUCUCGUCUGUAUACCUACAAACGUACACAUGCUGGGUACAAUUUGCUAUUUUUUGCAUCAGGUGGAGGAAAGUUUAACUAUCAGGGCACAAAAAGGUGGUUAGAAGACCAUUUGGAUCACACAGAUUCUAGCCUCCUUCAGGACAAUGUGGCUUUUGUACUCUGCCUGGACACCUUGGGAAAUGGUGACACCUUGCACCUUCAUGUCUCUAAACCACCAAGGGAAGGAACUUUGCAGCAUGCUUUUCUCCGGGAACUAGAGAUGAUCAUUUCAAGCCAGUUUCCAGAGGUGAAGUUUUCCAUGGUUCACAAGAAAAUCAACCUGGCAGAGGACACGCUAGCUUGGGAACAUGAGCGAUUUGCUAUCCGCCGUCUGCCAGCCUUCACCGUUUCUCACCUAGAAAGCCAUCGGAGUGGUCAUCGUAAUAGUAUCUUAGAUCUCAGGUGGAAAGUUGAUACCCAGGUUCUUGCCCGUAACACUCGCAUCAUUGCCGAGGCACUCACAAGGGUUAUUUAUAAUCUAACUGAAAAGGCUGCUCCCUCUGACCUGCAGAUCUUCACACAGCAGAUGCAGGUGCAAAAAGAGCAGCUGGAUGCAGUCAUGCAAUGGCUGACCGGUCAGCCCCGUGCUGCUCAGCUGGUUGACAAGGAUAGCAGUUUACUCAGCACUCUGGAAUAUUACAUGAGCCGGUACCUGAAGGAUGUUAAGUUUUAUCAUGUAAAGGCUGACAAACGGGAUCCAGAGUUUGUGUUCUAUGAUCAACUGAAGCAGACCAUGAAUGCAUACAGAGUAAAGCCUGCUAUUUUUGAUCUACUGCUUGCUCUUUGUAUUGCUGCUUAUCUUGGCCUGUCCUAUUUUGCUGUCCAGAAUUUCGGUCUACUUUACAAACUGGUACAGAGAGUUUCUUGGAAACCAAAACAGCAGUGAAGAUGCCAUUCUUAAAUGAACCUUAUCCACAGGAAGCAAGACUUUAUUCCUCUGUAGAGGACUGUUUUGUAUGUUUCAACCCGCCAACUCCUUUUUCUAUAAAUGGGGGUGGGAAACCUCUGCCUUGAAAGCAUUCAAUUGCUUGCAUGGACUAACUUUAACAUUAAGCUUAUCAUUGAUUUGAUGGGGAAGAGGAUGCUAUGGUGCCAUAACUGUGGAUUUCUAGGACUGUGUUCUGCCUCUUCCCUAUCUGGGAACUCAGGAUGAAAGGGUUGGGCUUUCAGUGUUUAUAAUACUGUAUGAUACCAUAAGACCCCAUUUGCCUUUUUUUGUUUGGUUUGUUUUUCUACAUAAUGCACUGACAUUCUCACAAUUUUUUUUCUAAAUCAUUAUUUAAAAUCAGGAUCGGAAGUAUAAUGACAGAGAGAAACAAUGAAAUAAAAAGAUUGAUAUCUUAA